AUGGCACCUAGCGCCAUCGACACCAUUACCAACCACAUUGAUUACCUGUCGUUGAAACAGACGACAGACUAUAUCGAUACCCAUCCCGUCUCCGACUACGAUAGCGGAGCCGAUACUCAGUAUGGCGCAAAGAAUGCCAGAGGAAUGAUUGGAGCUGCGCUGCAGCAGCACAUUGACAACAUCGAUACGGACGACUGCGAAGCGGGCGCAGAGGACGCCUUCUUCGUGGCCGACCUGGGAGAGGUCUACCGCCAGCACGUCCGCUGGCAAAAGCGCUUGCCACGUGUUACACCACACUAUGCCGUCAAGUGCAACCCCGACAACUCGGUCUUGCGCCUUCUGGCCAAGAUGGGAGCGGGAUUUGAUUGUGCAAGCAAGGCCGAGAUUGAGCAGGUCCUCGCCAUUGGAGUAGCUCCAUCCCGCAUCAUCUACGCGCAGCCUUGCAAGACCAAGAGCUACCUCAAAUACACGGUCAAGACUGGCGUCAAGCAGAUGACAUUUGACAACACGGAUGAGUUGUACAAGAUCAAACAAAUCUCACCCGCUGCCGAGCUGUUUCUGCGUAUCUCGACCGACGAUUCGGCCAGCUUGUGCCGAUUGAGCCAGAAGUUUGGCGCCGCCAUGGACGUGGUGCCAGAGCUGCUGUCCCUGGCCAGGCAGCUGGAGUUGAAUGUGGUUGGUGUCGCCUUCCACGUUGGUUCUGGAGCGUCAGACCCGUUGGCAUUCCGACAGGCUGUCAGCGAUGCACGGUCGGUCUUUGACCAGGGUGCGGCGCUCGGCUUCAAGAUGCACACUCUCGAUUGCGGCGGCGGCUUCGUCCCGGAGACUUUCGACGAAAUGGCACCUGUUCUUGCAACUGCAGUGGAUGAACUCUUUCCACCUCACGUUCGCAUCAUUGCAGAGCCUGGUCGCUACUACACCAGUACCGCCUUCACCCUCGCAUGCAAUGUCAUUGCUCGUCGCACGGUCGAAGACAAGGCUCUGGGCGGCGACACCAGCUACAUGCUGUACAUGAACGAUGGCGUGUACGGCAACUUUUCCAGUAUCAUCUUCGAUCACCAGCACCCGGUCCCACAAGUGCUACGCAACAGCACUCGCGCCGAUGGCUACAAUUACUCGUUUGCUGGAGAGUCUCUGGUGGACUCGGGCUAUGCGUCGGGCGAAGACGACACCACGGUCUACCGCAAGCCGAUCACCUACUCGGUCUGGGGACCCACGUGCGAUGGAAUUGAUUGCAUUGCUGCCAAGUGGUCCUCCAAGCAUCUGGUGGACACUGGUGAUUGGUUGUACUUUGAGGAUAUGGGAGCGUACACCAAGUGCUCUGCCACUCGCUUCAACGGCUUCACCGACAAGCACGAGACGAUUUACGUUUGCAGCGAGCCCGAUGCCGUUGAGCUCAUGGAGAUGUAA